AAUAUUGGUUUUUUGUUUUCUGGGGCGUGUGUACAUAUGUUUCAUGUUUGUGUGCCUUCAAAGCAAGCGCUACCCAAAAAUAAAAAUUCAACACCCUCAAAUACAAAACAAUAAGCAAGAAGAUACACAGUGAGUUUCAAAGAGAGAAAGAAAUGGGAAGGGCGUUUGCGUAUGUGAUUCUUGGAGGAGGAGUGGCAGCUGGGUAUGCAGCUCUUGAAUUCACAAAGAGGGGAGUCUCUCAAGGUGAACUCUGCAUAAUCUCUGAAGAAGCAGUUGCACCUUAUGAGAGACCUGCAUUAAGCAAAGGCUUUUUACUUCCUGAAGCUCGUGCACGGCUUCCAUCAUUUCAUACAUGUGUUGGUGACAAUGAGGAAAGGUUAACUCCAAAGUGGUAUAAGGAACAUGGAAUUGAGUUAGUUCUUGGAACGCGUGUCAAGUCUGCUGAUGUAAGGCGUAAGACACUAUUAACAACAACUGGGGAGACUAUAAGUUACAAGAUUCUUCUUGUUGCUACAGGUGCUCGGGCUUUGAAGCUUGAAGAAUUUGGAGUGACAGGAUCAGAUGCUGAAAAUGUGUGCUAUCUACGAGAUUUGGCUGAUGCAAAUAGAAUUUUUGAUGCAAUGCAAUCCUGUCCUGGUGGGAAUGCUAUUGUCAUUGGUGGUGGCUACAUUGGAAUGGAGUGUGCUGCAUCUUUGGUGAUAAAUAAAAUAAAUGUAACCAUGGUUUUCCCAGAAGCACAUUGCAUGGCUCGUUUAUUUACUCCCAAGAUUGCAAGUUAUUAUGAAGAUUAUUAUAAGUCUAAAGGAGUAACUUUCAUUAAAGGAACUGUCUUGUCAUCAUUUGAUAUCGACUCUGAUGGGAAGGUCACUGCUGUCAAUCUUAGAGAUGGAAGUCUGCUACCUGCAGACAUGGUUGUUGUUGGUAUAGGAAUCCGCCCAAACACAGGCUUGUUUGAAGGCCAACUAACUUUGGAGAAGGGUGGGAUCAAAGUAAAUGGAAAGUUGCAGUCAAGUAAUAGCUCAAUCUAUGCAAUAGGUGAUGUUGCAGCAUUUCCAGUUAAACUAUUUGGUGAAUCCCGUAGACUUGAACACGUGGACUCAGCUCGAAGGUCUGCAAGACAUGCUGUUGCUGCAAUAAUGGAACCAGAAAAAACGGGUGAAUUUGACUACUUACCAUUUUUUUACUCCAGAGUCUUCACAAUGUCUUGGCAGUUUUAUGGGGACAAUGUAGGGGAAGUAGUCCACUAUGGGGAUUUCUCAGGAAAUACAAUUGGCGCAUAUUGGGUAAGCAAGGGUUACCUUGUUGGAUCUUUCCUGGAAGGUGGAACCAAAGAAGAGUAUGAGGCUAUAGCCAAGACCACCAGGCUCAAGCCAGCAAUUGAAGACCUGGGUGAGUUGGAAAGGCAGGGUUUGGGCUUUGCAUUGACAGUUAGUCAGAAGCCACUGCCAUCACCACCUGUUGAAGUAAAUGGUUUUGGUCUUGUUCUGGAGAGACCAAUAUAUGCUUUGCAUGCAACUGCUGGUGUCAUUGUGGCUGCUUCAAUAGCUGCAUUUGCGUACUGGUAUGGGAGGAGGCGCAGAAGGUGGUAAGAAACUGUUUUGGCAGUGGGGGUGGUAGUAGCUGAAGGCUAUUGGUGUUGCUCAUAUGAAUUUGUGUAAUCAUGUUGUAGCGUUGAUAGGGAUAGGAGAUUUUUGAUUCUUAAAUCUUAAUCAUAGGAGAUGACUUUUAUCUGAUCUAAAGAAUAGUUCCACGAUAUUAUUCAAUACAGAAUCUAUAUAUUCAUAGAAAACUUGUUGAUGAGAACUCUCAUUUCAAUGAUAUUUAUACCCUCUUAGGACC